AACACCUGCUUUGUGAGUCAGUCACCAUUGAGCUCCAUUGAGUCGUUGCAGUUCUUGUCCGCGAUAUCUUUGUUCUUUCUUUAGUCAUACAGCUAUUUAGGCAGAGCGUUCUCGACGUGACGGACAUGUUUUUCAGGCUACUAAUCGUAACCGAGUUCGCUAUUGACGACCUAAACUCUGACGGUGGACCAAGCUGAAAAUGGAGUGCAAAACAGAAUUACUGUCUCUUCCUGAAGAACUCCUGACUUACAUUCUGAGCUUCCUUCCUUGGCAAGACAUUCUUCGGUGUACAUCCCUUUGCAAGGCCCUUCGCCAAAUAUACAUGUCAUCCUCCGAGCUUCAGUACGUCACUGAACUCGGUAGCCAACAACUGCUUCCUGUUUCCAACGAUCACAUCCCUGUUUCAGAGCGCCUACAACUCCUAAGGAAAAACACCCGCGCAUGGUCCAAAUUUGAUCUCCGUUCUCUCGAGAUAAUCUCUAUACCAGAAACAUUCCAGAUUUUCACAGCAACGUACAUCACCAACGGGCAUGCUUGUUUCUGGAACCCAUUCAUAGAUUCUGUCAGAAUCUUUCCAAUACUACCAAAACCCUCACAACAAACUAUCGAGCGUAAUUUCUCUCCGGGUUCGCUUUGUUUGUUUCCCAACCACAGUAACAUCGAUAUUUUCAUGGACGCAGCCCAAAAUCUACUCGCGAUCGCCUGUGCCGUUAGGGAUGAUAACUACCCGUCUGAUGAGGACUCGUAUAUCGAGCUUCUAACCCUGGAUGGAGGUAGUGUCCACCCCCAAGCUGCUGAACCGAUAUUGUUUAUGUCUAGCUUGUGGCUGCCCAGAAGCCGUGAGAACUUUGAAACACCGUGUUCGAAACUCGAAGGUUUCGGGAGGCAUAUCGCCUUCCUUCGCUUCGAACCAUUGUUUGCUGGUACAGAUUCUUUAUUCGCGUUCAAAUGGUGGUUGGAUAUUUGGGACUGGCAACACUCAACUUCGUCCAAUAGCAUCCUCAGUGGCCCGAUUGUACUCGAUCUGGAUUACGACAGGUCACCCGACUUUUGUUUUCUAGGAAACGACAGAUUUCUAAUUAUUAGCGACGAUCUAAAGCUCUAUUCGAUUGAGGACAUGUCCCAAUCACCGCAGUUGCUAGCGUGCUUCUUGUUGCCUGCAUCAGUGUGGGACCUACAGUGCUUCACUCCGACGAACGAUAUUGCAUGUAACUCGCACCCGAAAAUGCAAGCCCAAUGGAUCUCGGACCCUAAGCAUCGAUUACUCUCCCUUGUCUCACAUUCUUCACAUCUGGUCUUCGUUAUCUCCACGAGGGUUUUCUUCGAUGACUUUAUUGAUUCGGAGGGGAUACUUGGCGUUAGUGGGAAUCGAGCAUUGUAUGCAUUCCCUGCAGCUGGCGCGACAAAAGACGGCCACUCGGUUUCUUCAGGGUACAGGUUACAUCUGAUGGACUUCAGCCCAUCAGCUGUUAGGCGCCACCAGCCCGGCCUAGGAAGGCUGGUUAAUGAGCCAUCUACAAUAGAAAAUUGUCAGUCGGGUGAAUAUUUAACGACAUUCCUGCCCUAUGUCGAAGUUGCGUCAGACAGAACGUUCAGUCAUGGAGAGUUCGUCGAGAUAUGGCUCGAUAAAGACAAAAUUUAUUUGUUCAGAGGGAAUAUAGACCAACUUGGAGUUACUAGAACGAAUCAGCUUGAAGUCAUUGAGAUGUAA